AUGGGUUCAAUUGGCCCGUCCAAGGCCGAGCAUCAUCGUGUCAUCAUCGUUGGUGCCGGCCCCGUUGGACUAACCACCGCCACCAAUUUAGCAAGGCUUGGGGUCCCUGUCUUGGUUCUAGAGAGGAAUCAUCAAGUCGAUCAGUCGCCUCGCGCGGCCUCGUAUCAACCAUGUGCGCAAGCAGAACUCCUCGAAACAGGCACCCUUGACGACGUCCGAAGGGAGUCGGUUAUCAACGAUGUGAUUUCAUUCUGGAUCAAAGGCAAGAAGGUGGCCCACGUGGAGAAGAGAGAAGGAGGCAGCCUCUUCCCAUCGGGCAUCAAUUGUCCUCAGCCACGACUGGCCGCCAUCCUCCUGCGCCAUCUGACCACAAAAUAUAGCUCGGAAGUGCGGUUCAAUCAGAAGGUUAUCGAGAUCUCGCAGGACGAGAAGCAAAAUGUGGUAUCACUGACCGCCGUGGACCCCACUACCAACCAAGAGACUCAUUAUACCUGCGACUGGCUGGUAGGAGCAGAUGGCGCGGGCUCCAGUGUUCGCAAACUGUGCAACAUCCCUUUCGAGGGGUUUUCCUGGCCGAAAGAGGACUUUGUGGCCACCAACGUGCGGUUCGACUUCUUUAAACAUGGAUUUAAUACGGCAAACUUGAUUAUGGACCCGGUUCACUGGGCGGUGGUCACCAUUCUUGACGACACGGGCCUGUGGCGGGUCGCGUUUGGUGUCAGGGCGGGCUUGACGAACGAGGAAAUACGUGCUGAGCUGGAUGAGCACUAUAAACAUAUCUUCCCGGUGUGGCCGGUGGAGUACGAGUUGGUGCAGUUGAACAAGUACAAGCCGCACCAGAGAUGUGCGCAGACGUUCAGAUUAGGGCGAGUAUUGUUGGCUGGUGAUGCUGCACAUAGCAACAAUCCCAUCGGAGGUCUCGGUCUGACGACGGGUCUCCUCGACGCCGGGCCCCUCGGGCGUGCUCUCGGCGCCGUCAUCAACGGUAAAGCGCCCGAGUCUCUCCUCGACACAUGGGCCCAAGCGCGACGAGACAAGUGGCUGAACUUCACGAACGAAUUCUCCAUCGAAAACAAGCGCAUGUGCCAGUUGGGCGGGUACAGCGACGACCCCCUCGGGAUCUGGGAGAUCGACGACGUGGCCCGCGAGCAUCACAUGGAGCGGUGGCUGGCCAUGGCGACGCCCGAGAAGAAGGAAGCCGACGCGCGCAUGUACAAGGCCCUGGAGGACCCGCAGGCCCAGCUGGUCAGCCGCAUGAAGCAGUGGGAGAUCACCAUGGAUCCCAUGUGGAUGGCGCAGUACGAGGAUCCCGAGCUGGUCAAGUACCGGGUGUCGCUGAGGCCGGCCGUGUUGUCGGCGCCAGAGGCUGCGACGGGAUCGUGA